UGCGCUCCAGCGGGCUGCGCGGAGGCGGCGAGGCGGCGCUGGGGGGCUGGCUCGGGCGACAGCGGCGGCUGUUGCGGAUGGGAGCGGGCCGGUUUGGCGCGCCUAUGGAGCGCCAGGGCAGGGCUGCCGCCACCUCAGCCGCGGCCGGGGAGUCUGCGGACUCCGAAGCGCGGAGACGGGAACCGCCUAGGCGCCGGGCGAGUAGCGCGGCGCCGACGGGGUCCGGGGCGGCGGAGAGCGUGAGACGGGAGCGGCCCGGCUCCCUCGGUGGCUCCACCUCGGCCGCCCGCCCGCGCGCCGAGGGCCUCCGGAAGAGGCGGCCGCUUUUCCCAUGGUUUGGCUUGGAUAUUGGAGGAACCUUGGUCAAGCUGGUUUAUUUUGAACCUAAAGACAUCACUGCUGAAGAAGAAAAGGAGGAAGUGGAGAGUCUGAAAAGCAUUCGGAAGUACCUGACCUCCAAUGUGGCUUAUGGAUCCACAGGAAUUCGGGACGUGCACCUUGAGCUGAAGGACCUGACUCUGUGUGGACGCAAAGGCAAUCUGCACUUUAUACGCUUUCCCACUCAUGACAUGCCUGCUUUUAUUCAAAUGGGCAGAGAUAAAAACUUCUCAAGUCUCCACACUGUCUUUUGUGCCACUGGAGGUGGAUCAUACAAAUUUGAGCAGGAUUUUCUCACAAUAGGUGACCUUCAGCUUCGAAAACUGGAUGAACUAGAUUGCUUAAUAAAAGGAAUUUUAUACAUUGACUCAGUUGGAUUCAAUGGACGGUCACAGUGCUAUUAUUUUGAAAAUCCUGCUGAUUCUGAAAAAUGUCAGAAGUUACCAUUUGAUUUGAAAAAUCCAUACCCUCUGCUUCUGGUGAACAUCGGCUCAGGGGUUAGCAUCUUAGCAGUGUAUUCCAAAGAUAAUUAUAAGAGGGUCACAGGCACCAGUCUUGGAGGAGGAACUUUCUUUGGUCUCUGCUGUCUUCUUACUGGCUGUAGUACUUUUGAAGAAGCUCUUGAGAUGGCAUCUCGUGGAGAUAGCACCAAAGUGGACAAAUUAGUUCGAGACAUUUAUGGAGGAGACUAUGAGAGGUUUGGCUUGCCAGGCUGGGCUGUGGCUUCCAGUUUUGGAAACAUGAUGAGCAAGGAGAAGAGAGAGGCUGCCAGUAAGGAGGACCUUGCCAGAGCAACUUUGAUCACCAUCACCAACAACAUUGGCUCCAUAGCAAGAAUGUGUGCUCUUAAUGAAAACAUUAACCAGGUCGUAUUUGUCGGCAAUUUCCUGAGAGUCAACACGAUUGCCAUGCGGCUUCUAGCGUAUGCACUGGAUUACUGGUCCAAGGGGCAGCUGAAAGCACUGUUUUCAGAGCACGAGGGUUAUUUUGGAGCCGUUGGCGCACUCCUUGAGCUGUUGAAGAUACCCUGACUUACCCAGAGGACUUCCUGAAACUUGCCACAGGGACAUCUGUGGAAUUUUUUUUUUUUAAGAGACUCAAGUUUUAUGAUCGUGUACUACUCAAAUCAGAGCAAGAAACAAAUGUAUUUUUCUAAGACAUCAAGAUAAAUUCUUAAAAUUUUGUUUUACUUAGCAUUCAGUAAGGAUCAUAUUCUCCCACCCCCAGGCAUCGUGAAGAUUUGCUGUUUAUGAGGCGUUCUUCAGGGCAACACUAUUAACCCCUGAGGUGCUUUGGAAUCUCUCAUUACCCACUGGGUAUACAUGGAGCUCUCUGGACUCCUGCCAGCAGCUGACUGCUUGUCCUGUUGAAAUGUGAGGAUCUAACCAGUUUCAUCAGUAUGCCUUGGAGGUCAUCUUCCUUUGCACGCUGGGUCAUGUUUAGCCUGUUAACAUACUGAAAAUGGUUUAUUUCAAGCUUCUGAAAAUUUGGCAGGUUUGUUCUGUACCUGAUGUUAAGAGGUGACCUGCAUUAUCGCUGAAGGCAAGGGUGGGCCUGUCCACAGGAGCCUUGGAGCUGGAAUGGAAACCUCAAGCUCUGUCUGGGGGUUGGCAGGGUGAGGGUUCUGGUGCCAGCUCUGGGGCAACAGAAGGCUCUUGUUGGUUUGGACCAUGGGAACUCAGGGUUGGUUUUGGCUGAUUAGCCUGCUUGAUGGUUUCCAAUUCCUACUUUUUGGCCCAUUACGACUAAAGGUUCCAUUGUGCUAGGGUCUCACAUAGAAUAGUACACAGGAUGUUGCAAGGAUGGUAGUCCUUCCCUACUACUGCCUACUUUGCCUCCUGAGAGAGAUCCUCAAAACUGUCUCCACAUACCACUUGUACCAGAAAGUUUCUCCAUCUGUGGUAGGGCUGUGCCCCUCCCUGCCAUCCCUCAGGUGACUCCUAUGAAUUUCUCUGAUCUGGGGGCUGCUUGCCAAGCACCUGAGCUGUGUUGUAUAUACCUUGCUAUUUGACAGUUGUGACCAGUGCUUUGUAUUCAUGGUUCUGUCUUCCUACAUUGAAGCUCCCACAGUGUUAUAAGAGCAAGCCUCAGGAUCACAAUAGGAUGCAUGGUACUGUUCUGCACCCCACCCCAUCACUGUCUAUUUCUUCUUUCGUCAGUUGUGCACAGCCCAGGGUCUUUCCAGACAUGGGUUCUAUUUCUUUUAAAUAGUGUCUCGGUCAUGAAGGCUAACCUUAAACUCAACAAUAAUACUGUAUAGCUGAGGCUGGCCUUUGAACUGCUGAUCCAGUUGCCUUCACCUAUGAAGUGCUAGUAUUAUAGGUGUGCACCACUAGUAAACUCUGUAAAUACAAAGGGUUGUUUCAGAACCUCAUCUUACCCAGUUCUUACCUGUUUCCCUGUGACAGUUCCACUCUCAAGUUCAACUGUUUCUCCAAGCUGUCUUCCUGUUGAUUUCAGUACUAUUUGCAGAAAUACACACAUUGCACCUCACAGCCACUUCUGAACUGGGAACCACUUCCAGUGUUUGUUAGAACCAUCUUGUCUUUUCUCAGCUGUCCAAUCCAGGUCAUUGUUUUGAUAGCCUAAAGCACCACUUGAUUCCUCCCACUCAGGAAGGGAGGUUUGUGGUUCUGGUGCACAAAGUAGCUUGAACUAAGAUGGGAGGAGGAUGGCCAAUGUAAAGAGGGGUCAUUUGGGUCACAGACCCAAAGCAGAGGAUGUAUGUAUUUAUGGGAGGAAUUAAUGAACCCCAGAGCAUAAGAAAGACAGAUGGGCAGUGAAGGAACAGAUUACAGGAAUAACCACCUGGGGUAUAGGGAUCUGGGAGUCCAAGAGCAAACUGUUAUAAGUGGGUACUAGAUAGAUGGGUUACAAGGUUGCUCAGAGGUAGCUCCAGGAUUAUAUGUGCCUUGGUGAAGCCAUGGGCUGAAGCUGAGCAGUUCAGAGCUGCUCACCGCCUGGUGUUAGGGUUAGGGCAAGUUCUGGGAGUGUUGCACUGUCAAAGGACAAAGCCAUAUACAUCAAAGCUAUAUAUACAUCAAGCACAAUGCUGGUGGUCACAAAUGGAGUGCAUGGUGGGGUCUGGCAGCUUGUCUCAGGCCUGAUGUCUUUUCUCCCAUCAGCGUGCCACAUGUGGGAGGACAUUAUCAGGCCCACUAGUACAAAAGGUAACAGGUACAUAAUUCAAAGUAUUUCAAAUCUGCUCUUUAUUUACACAUGUUUGGGUCGAUUACAUGCAUGUUUUAUUUUUAAACAAGUGAUUAGCAAAAAAUGCAUUAAAGUUUUAAAAUAGCAAUUAAAUAUACAAAAAUAUAGCUUACAAAAACCAAUGUUUAAAAAUAUUCUGCUGCAGAAUUCUUAGUGUACAAACACGUCUAUGAAACCUGAGGCUCAGCAUUUCAUAAACCUUUUUGAGGGAGUUGUAUCUAGUAAAUGAGCCCCAUGGGGCUAAACUACAAGACUAAAGUGCCACUCCUCCACUUUCCUGCACAGGUCAGCAGACCUAGAGGCAAUGGCUCUAAGCCGUCACAGCCUCCACCACAGCCUAAGAGAGGCAUGGACAGUGAGGUUUCAACCACACAAGUCCCCUAACACUGGUGAGGUCAUGAUCUGAGCUACAUCUGGUCUUUGAAACAGCAGGGGUAGCGUUCCCUGAUCCUAUGAACAAAGGAACUAAGAAUUUGGAACUAACUGGAAUAAAAGCAUCUUGAAAUAAUUUGGAUUCUAAAGCUGAACCUGAAAGCUGACAGGUGUUCAAUUUAGUGAACCCAGUCUUGUUUAAAAAACCUUUACCUGGCAUUUUAGGUCCCUACCUCAAAGAUUUAAGUUAAAUACUUUGAUGGCCCCAUUUUUAAAUAAUUUUUAAAAAAUAAAAAUUUAUUUUUAUGUGUA